AUAUGACGCGCAAAUCCUCCUAGUCGUGCAUGAAAUCGAUCGAUCAAAAAUGCGCUAACGUAUUGACAGUACAAGGUACGUACGAAGUAGAACUUCUACUACGAAGACACAGUCGAGUCACUACAGUAUUUAGACGUUAGUACAGUAAAAGCUAAGCCCAAGUUUACUUACGUCGAUAUUUUUUUCAAAACAUCUCCAAAACACACCAAAAUUUUCGAUGCUGACACAUUCCAUAUCUUCUCUAUUCUCUAUUCCAUGACACUGAAUUUAGCAAGAGAACAAGCGGAACGAUCACAUUGAUUUUCAUUUUCUUAAGAUUUAAACUGAAUGCAAGUGUAGUGAGGAACUAUGCUUGAGACUUUCAUCGCCACUAAUGAUAAACAACAAUGAGAACAAAUACGGCUCACUUGUCGAUGCCGAUCGGGACACCGAUAGCUACGACGACGACGAGAAGGAUGCCCUUCGGAUGGAAUCGCAGCGAUUGAUAACACACGACGAUGAAAGUUCUUUCUUGAAAAACAAAGAACGUGCCCCGGGCAAUGCUGGAAAAGAAAAACGCAACAAAAGCUCAGUAUCUCUCGUUAAGUUUUUCUUAGUUAUUGUUGUCGGAACAUUGUGCUUUUAUUUUCUGGGAAGUGAUCGCUUCUCAGACAAGGAUAUUUCAAGUUUUGUAGAUGGCUUACAAGCGACGAUUUCGGUUUUUCCCAAUCAAGAAGAGAGCGAAACUAUAACGCAUGGCAAUGAUAUCGAUGACACCAUCGCAUAUUCUCCCUUCUUUGAGCAUGUUCUGGAAUGGAAGCAGCUCGAUAUGGCGGAUUCCUCUCAGGACGAGGACGAUGAUGAUGGUAGCAGCAAAAGGAGCAGCAAUCACUACCAUGCAUCUAUUGAAUUUUGUUCCGAUCCUAAGCGUGGUUUAUACGCCUACGGACCAGUCGGAAACUGUGUCCCGGGGACACCAGCGCCCCUAAUAAAAAUGAAACCCAAGCAGUAAGUGGUUCACGACGUUGGCUCUGGCAUUGCCACCACGGAUAGAAAAAAGCUCGCAGAAAGGGAUUUAAUGAGUAAUUAUCUUUGCAAAACAGAAUUGCAAAAAUCUGGUACAUUGGUGCUCGCUCAAAUAAUCGUUAACGUUCUUGCCAUUGUUCGCUUGUUCGCUCCUCAGUUUUUAUCACCUGACUCUGGUUAACAAUGCACACAUCGAUACGAAUGUACACACGCACGGACUGCAUGUUUCUGGGGUUGGUAGUGUGGAUGAUGUCACAAGGGUGGCGGAGCCUGGAAAGUGUCUCACGUAUGAGGUAUGAAAAGACAUUUUUUUCGUGGCAGUCGAGGGAUAUCAAUGCUCAAGAAUCUCGCCACCUGUAUGGAUUCGGCUAUCUAUUCCAGAUAUAUGUUUCGAAAGUCCUAACUCGAUUCAUCAUUGCUUUUUUGCUACCAAAUUAUCUUUUGCUUUGUCAAAAAGUAUUACAUCCUCGAUGAUGCCGACGUUGGGACAUUUUGGUACCAUCCUCACCGCCAUCCCUUGGUCACCCGAUCUGCGUACGGGGGAGCAUAUGGUAUGAUCAUUGUUGAGGAAACGGUCAAGAAUUAUUAUCCGGAACAUCUCGAGAACUUUUUGACAAAUAACAAGGUCCUGCUGCAAUUUUCGAGCAUGUAUAACAAGAAAUUACCAGACUCUUUCCGUUCCAACAGGGUCAAUGGCCAAAAGGGUUUGGACCUUUCUCUUUCACCCGACACACCAUAUUAUUUUCAGGUCUCCUCCGUGGUCUAUGCCGAAUCGGUCAACUACCUCGAGUUCGAUCCUCCCGAUGCCUGCGAUGUUAGAGUUGUCGCGUACGACGGGGUCUACCGAUCAGAAAUACCAGGGCCCACCUCCAUCCAUAAACAGAUGAUGACAGUGUCCUCUCGGGGUGACUUUGCUGUAAGCUGUUCCAGAGAUGCCGACAUUCACUUUCACCAGGGCAAGAUGAGCGAGGAAUCAAACUUGGUACGAAUCCAUGUUCCAUCCUCAUUGUCCUCAUCAUCGACAGAUAAGGAAGCUUCUAGUAAUUUUACACACGUAUCGUUGGAGGCCAUUCUUCCCUCAUCUCCCUAUUGGGAUCCUGCGCUCAAGACAACAUGGAAACCCCGGCGGCCCUACUACAUGCCCAACCUUAAUAGUCCUCAACAAAUUGUGGAUGAAUACUGGCACGUUUCCAUGGACGAUUGGUUCGUUAAUGGCACGAAGGGUGUCUCCGUCAACCAACACACAUGGGAUCCCGCCGUUGCCAUUCGGACUUUUGAUUUGGGACAACUGGUCGAGUUUCCCAUUUUGUUGUCGCAGUCCCAUCCGUAUCACGCACACAUCAAUCGAAUGCAGGUCGUUGAACCCGGCGGCUGUGGAUUGCGCUUUGAAGAAGGCGAGUAUUUCGAUACGAUUGUUCAGUCAAAAGACAAGAAAAAGUGUACGGUCAGAGUCAAGUUCUUUGAUUUUGCCGGGCGCCUCGUGAUUCACUGCCACCGUUUCGGUCACGAAGACCAGGGGAUGAUGACCGUAAGUACAAUUUGAUCGAAGAAAAUUUUACAAUUUUGACAACAUGUUUUUUCCUUAGAAGUAUUCAUCUAAAUUACAAUGUUUUUUUCUUGCGUGCCGUUUCCAAAGUGGAUCGAUGUUUUGGGUGGACACGGACAUGAGAUUAAGGCAGCUCCUCAAACGAGUUGCGCUGCGGUUUUGUGAACAACAUUUUCAAACCUCUAGGCAUACCUGCCAGCUUUUCACUACCAAUUAAUAAUGAUAAAUUGUGAAU